AUGGCAACCCCAAACAUGGAGGAAGAAGAAUUCACCCAAGAGGAGCUGCUGUACUUCAUGGGGGAAGCAGCAAAGGAAGCAGCAGCAGCAGCAGCAGCAGCAGCAGCAGCAGCAGCAGAAGUGCCUGUGGGGUGUGUCCUCGUUUGCCCCCGCAGCAAAAAGAUUGUCAGCCGCGGGCGAAAUGAAACUAAUAAGUGCUGCAGCAGCAGCAGACACUGCGAGAUUGUGGCCAUUGACCGCUUCUUGCAAACCCUAAACCCUAGUCAGCAGCAAACCCUAAACCCUAGCCAGCAGCAAACCCUAAACCCUCGGCCUGCGGACGCGCCCCCAGCCCCGAACUCCAGCUGCCCACGCACCCCCCAACAAAACCCACAGCAGCAGCAGCAGCAGCAGCAGGAAGAGCAGCAGCAGCAGCAGCAGCAGGAAGAGCAGCAGCAGCAGCAGCAGCAGCAGGAGGCCCCGGCUCCGCAGCAGCAGCAGCAGCCCGCCCAGGACGCCCCCGGCGCCCCCGCGAGCGCCGCCGCCGCCGCCCCGCAGCAGCAGCAGCAGCAGCAGCAGCAGCAGCAGCAGCAGCAGGUGGCGGCCGAAGCAGUGCAGCUGCUGCGAGGGUUUUACUCCAGGGGAAACCCUCGGGCUCCCGACGAAAAGAGAAAACGGCCCCUCAAAAACUAG